UUGACCAUGUGGCAACUCCGCAACGCUUAAACACAUUUCGCUUAGAUUUUAAAAAGACUUUUUAAUUUUCUCUUGGACUACUUGGUUUUUUGAGUUGAUUUUAAAUCAACCCACUGCUGAAAUGGCCCGCACUGAGCUUGAGAAGAAGGCCAAGCGCCAGGGCAAGAAACGCAAGCACGAGACGGCCGAGAAUGCGGAACAUGCGGCCAGCGACGACGAGGUGGCCAACAAAAGUCUGAUUGUGGAGCCACAGGUGGAGCAACAGGCGGCUGCAACAGGUAAACCCCCCAAGAGGCGUCAAAAGGGCGACGAAGCCUUGGCCACCAAGAAACGCAGCAAGAAACACGCCGCGGAGGAGCAGGUGGCCCCCAGUGGUGUCGAGGAAGAUGCCCCACAGAAGCCUCUAAAAAGAAAACAAGCUCAGGAGGCAAACAAAUCCCAAAAGCAGAAGCGCAGCAAGCAGGAAACCAACUCGGAAGACGACGAAGAGGAUUCCCAGCCAACAGAGGAGCAACUUAAGGAGGCUGCUCGUCCGGAAAACGCCAAUGCGGUAGUCACCGUUCGCCAAAAGAAAAAACAGAAGCACCAACAGCGCCUCGAAGCCCAAAAGAAUCAAAACUCCAACAAGGAGGCCAAGAUCAACAAGGAAUACUUAAUAAAAUGGAAGGAAUCUCGUCAGGAGUGGAAAUUCAACAAACUCCGGCAGAUUUCCAUCCAACAGACCGCCUUCGAUGAGGAGAAACUGGAUGCUGAGCUGUGGCCCACUGCUCUGGAGUAUUUGGCCAGUUCUCAGGGUGCAGCGCGCUCAAAGAUUAGCCAACUGGCCGAGGAGGUGAUCCAAAAACUGGACAAGGAGGGCGAAAAGCUGGAGGAUGAGGCCGAAAGGCAGAAACUGAUCGAGUCCACCCGUUACCAGCGGGCACGCGAUCUCCUCCAAAGCUUCGACUAGUUGUCUAUGUUAGUUGUUAAUGUUUGCCCUUAGAUUUAAAUAAAGAGAGCCUUUCUAUUUUA